UUUGCUCUCGAACGCAGAGGUUCUACGACUAUACUAAGGUGAUAAUUGAUAGCUAGUUCAAAAUUUGUGUUUUGAACUACUGUGGAAUAUAUUUUUGGUAAAUACAGUAAAUAAAAGUAUGGAAUACGUUAUGUUAAAGACUAUUUUAGUGAUAAGUAUCAUUGAUUUUAUAUGUGCUGUAGUACCAACUACCUUGAUUGCACAAACAGGGAUAAGCUUCACAGAGAUCCUGGAUAAAAACACAUUUUUUCCAGGACAAAAAAAUGUCAUGUUCAGCGUUUCCUUAAACGGGAUGCCAGAUUUGCCAUUUUGGUUGAAAUUGCAUCAACAGGAUCCUUUUAGUGAUGCUAUUUUACAUGGUACACCCAGUGUGACUGAUAUUGAGACAGCUAAACUUGAAGUGAUUGCAUGGAAUAAAGAAAAUUAUGAGACUCUACGAAAAGUUAUUUUAAUCAGUAUCAUAAACUUUGAUGCUGCAUCUGUUAGACAUCAAUUAGAGUUUCGUAUAACAAACAAAGAUAUCUACGAUUUGUUUGCUGAGAAAAGCAAGUUUUUAGCAGAAAUCACCAAACUGUGGCCAAGUGCAAAUUUUGUGACUGCGCUCCAAAAGCCUAGCGAUCGUAGCCGUGGAAGUUACCCAUUACCUGGUGAGAAAGAGGGUGUUUUUGUGACUGUGGGAGGUCGUAUCGUUGUUCCGUCAUCAUUAAAAAAAGUUAUAUCCAAUUGUUCUUUGGACAGCAAUGUCAAGUCUAUGUUUCUAAAAGCUGGUUACAAUGUAGACUGGUGUGCUUUAAAAGAAAGAACAGUUGAUGUUGAAAACAUAAAUAAAGAAUUUGGAGAUGAAAAUUUUAAAGACUUGGAUAAAUUUGAUCCUACAACGUUAAACACAAGAGAAUAUCAAAAACAAGGGGAAAACCUCACUUUAGACAUUGUAUAUGUAUUUGUACCUGUCAUUCUCGGGGUUGCGUUUAUGGUAUUGUUAACCUGCGUCAUGUGCUUUAAAACUGAUACCACUAAGCGAAAGAAGCCAAAGAAAGGUCAAGUUGCUUUAGCAAGAUCUUCAGACGUUAAAGACGAUGGAAAUGGGUUUGCCUAUGGUCAACUGGACGAAGAUUUGACAGACUCAAGAAGUGGUACUCCUAGCAGAUUAAAAAACGAUAAGAACGGGAGCUCUAACCCACCUCCAUAUAGAGUUCCACCCAAAAGGGAAAAGACCCAAGAUUCUAGUUUCUAGUUUUGAUUUUUUGGGUAAAUGCGCUUGUACAGAUAGUUUGACAAUUAAAACCACUUGUUGUUUUUGUUUUUUA